AUGCUCAUUGCAAAUUUAUGGAUUGGAGUUGGUCUUGUCAAUGGUUCUUUCGGACAAAUCAAAAUGAUUGUCUACAAUGCAGGUUCUAAACCACCAGACUUACCAAAAUAUGUUGUUGUCCAUUUCCAACAUUACAUUGGACCACCAUGGGAUGCUGCCAAUCCAAAAUAUGUUCCCAUUCCACCAAUUACUAGAGGAAACCGCACACAGAUCCCACUAACGAUGGCUUGGGGUAUUACUAUCCACAAAUCGCAGAGACUCACACUAGACUAUGCAACAAUUGACAUUGAAAAAACAGAAAAACAGGGUCUCACGUUCACAGCUCCACAAAUCGCACUGUCUCGAGUAAAAUCAAUUGAAGAUCUUCGAAUUCAACCAACCUUCACUUACGAGAGGUGCUCCAAAUUGCAAGGCAGUCCAUCAACCAUUUCCAGAAAGAACGAAGAAGCUCAUUUGCUUAAGCUUUCUAAGAUCACAAAGACAAAACACUUGCAAAAACGUCCAACAGAGGUACUGCAAGCGCAACACCUAUACAUUUUUGCAUAUCAUAUAGCUUAUUUCAUGCGUUUCCACACAUCAUAA